UUUAAUAAGUGACAGCUUCAACAACUUACAGUGGUUUGUUUUCCAGAUUUAAGAAGCAGUGGACAAUCACUGACAGUACUAUGUCGAAGGAAGUUAACAUUAUUGACUCAACAAUUUAAAACACUUCUUGUUACAGAGGUAAUACUGUUUUCUUUAUACCUUAGUGAUUUUUAAUGGAUCCGAUACCGACGCAAAGCAGGAGUAUUUCUCCAAGCCCCAACCCACUCUAUGGAUUGGACUCCGUCUUGCAAGAGGUGGGGAUCGGAAAUGAGAAUGAUCCGAAUGUUCAACAAGCCCCUGUCAGUGUUCCAGAUCAAGGGCUGAGGCGAAGAUCUCACACCGAACCGGUUGAGAAAGAUGAUUCUGAUUUUAAUGAAGCUGAUCAGAUUAGUGGAAUUACUGAUCUAAACUAUCCUCGAGUCAACUGCCCGGAAAAAAUAGUUAUAUGUCUUGAUAUGUCAUCUGAAAUGAACAAGUUAAGCUUCAGAUCAAGAUCAGGGGACAAAUUUGCACCACUGAAGUUGAUAAAGAGAGCACUUGGGUUGUUCCUCCAGACUAAAUCCAAACUGAAUCACUAUCACCAGUUUGCACUUGUCAUCAUGCAAGAGGAGGCCUGCUGGGUGAGUGAUUUCACGUACAGCGCUCGGGAAAUCAUCCACCAUCUUGAGGAGUACAGCACGACAUCGGAGUGUACCUCCUUCGACCUGUCCUCUCUGUAUAACACUUUGAAGGAGAAUGUUGAGUUGCCUGUAGUUCUGGGAGAUCAGAGCGUUAUCCCUCCAUCACAUGUUGUCCGGGCCAUCUUCAUCUACGGCAGGUCACAGUGCCAGCUCAGCUUCUCGGAUAAAGAGGCCCAAAAGUUUCUUGAGUCUUCCCCUUAUUUCUUCCUUGACGCCUUCUACAUACAUGAACCUGUGGCCGAUGACAACAAGUGUGAGGAAACAUUCAACACGUUGUGUGACCUGGACUGUAAGGGGCUAUCGUACAUCGUGGAGAUAUCACGGAACCCCACAAAGCUGCACGACUACAUGGCCCAGCUGCUGGCUCACCCGCUACAGCGACCGCUACAGUCGGAUACAGCCUAUAAGAUACAGCCACUCGAUGAGAUCAGAUAGUUCACACCAUCACCCACUCAGCACGUUUUUACACAAUUGGCAACAUUAACAGGUCACAGAAUGAACUGCACAUGAUGAUGAAAGCAAGCUUAUAAAAACGGGAAAUUUGAAAAAUGUUGCCUGGUGUGAAUAUUGCAACACAUAUAGGGGCAGUGUGGUAGCCCAGCGGUGAAAGUGUUUGCUCAUCAUGCCGAGGACCUGGGUUUCAUUCUACACACAAGUACAGCCUGUGAAGCCUGUUCGUGGUGUCCUCUGCCUUUAUAUGGCUGUCAUAAUAGUGAAAGUGAUGUAAAACUCAUUUCACUCUCAUACAGCAUGUAGAAUUUAGAUCAUUCAAUGAUUGAUAUUAUUUCAUGUGUUUGUUUCUUCUUUCAUCUUCCAUCAGUCUUGUGUUGGUAUAAAUUUCAUGUUUCAUCUGUCAUUGUUUUUUUGUGAGAUUGACAGGCCACAUACAAACAGGACAGUUUGUAGACUGUGCUUGUGUAUUAUAAACUUGUUAUGGACAAAUGCUGCUAUCAACGCUUAGUUUCUCUCUCAAUCUCAUUAUAGUCAGAGAUAGUUGUCACUGCUGCUAAACAAUGAUCUGAAGACAUCCCAUUGCAGGUCUCAUUAGAACAACCUUUCAUCAGACCAAUCAGAGUGCCUCUUACUGGAUUGGGAAAGUGAAAUUUUGAAUGUGUUUUCUGAUCAUGCAACCUCAAAAAGGUCAUUCCAUCAAAAUCAUUGUCUAUCUCUUGCUUCAGAUGGAUAAACAUUUGAAACGGAAGAGCCCAUAGGAAGUACAGGCAUACACUCUCAGCCAUCUAUUAGACAUUCCAGAAUUCUAUUUUGUUUAGUUUUCAAAUUUUGAAAAAAAACACUUGUCGAAAAGAUUUUCAAAUAGUAGUGUGGGGAAGUCUCCAUUUUGAAACUUGUGCUGUAAAGCUCAAAAUAGCUGCUUUCUGAUUGGCUAAUGUCCACUAUUUGUUACCCAUUUUUUUGGUCGGUUAAAGUUUGCAAAUGGUUGUUCUGACGUGACUGUAAUGGGAUGUCCUCAGAUAUUUGUUUAGCAGUAGUGAGAACUAAGAUCUGAUUUUAAUGACAUUGUUUCUCUCUACAACUAUCCAUAUUAUACUGCUUCAGAAAGAAAGACAUCCUACUGGUUGAUCUUUAUGACCAUGAGGAUUGCUCAGACAAAUAUACACACAUAUAUAUGUAUAUGGGUAUGCAUAUGCUGAAAACGAGAACAAACCAGGUUCAGCCAGUCCUCUAUACCAGUUUCCAACUUCUCAACCAACCCUGUGGGGAAUCCAGGUGAGAGUAUGUCCCCAACCACCGAUGCUGGUCAUAGGAGGCGACUAGAUGGAUCGGGUGGCCAUGCUCUGUGACUUAGUUGAUUGUGUGUCAUCAUACCCCAACAGGGUGGAUCAUUGCUGACAGGAGCAGUCACUGGAUUGUUUUGUUCAAACACCAUUAUUUACAGACCUCCUUCUUAUAGCUUGGUAUGCUGCUGAUGAGGUGUUGGACAGCAAACAAACAAACAAAACAAAACACAUUUCAGCUUGAAAAAGUAACACAAGUUCAACGGCAGGUAGGAUAUUUAUUCAACAUGAAGUAACUUUAAGGGUCAGAUUCAUCAUGUAAUUUGCUGAUGAGAAUGUCAUAAUGGAAAUAAUUUCCCUUGUGCUAAGAAAGUUUUAUCUGUUUUUAUCUUAUCUUAUCUUAUGCUAGUUUGUCUCAAGACUUAAACAUUGCCAACCCUAUGGUUAAAAUGAAACAUCAGCCAAGGGAGGUAUUUCUGUCGUUUUCUGGAAAUGAAUGUCAUUUUGAUUUUGUGCAUGGUGGAUUUCUGAUGCCCAUCUGUCAGACCAUGUCUUAACCCCCAUCAUCUUUCUCCCAUGACCCUACACACACAGACAUGUUUGAAUCCAACUUUAAUGUCUGUGUUGAGAACACUUUUGAAUCAAAAGGGAGGUCACUCUGCAGAUGUGAAACCAGAGGAUUAUCUCCCAUGGAUGAGUGUAAAGAUGGAGGCUGGCAAUUGUCUUUGAGGCCUUUCAUGGCUUUUAUUGUAAUGUUAACAUCAUACAUAUUGUUUCAUUGUCUGUAUCAUCAUCAUAAUCAUCAUCAUCAUCAUCAUCAUCAUCACACCUCUGGUGGCAAGUUGGGUAUUCCAGCUUGUUUAACUACCUUAUUUCAUAGUGAUGUCUCAGUAUUAAGGGAAUAACUAUUUUGAUAACACUGGUAUGAUAUGACUAUUUUCAAAUAUUGGAAGCAAUCCAAUCUCAUUAAAAUCAGAUCUUAGUUCUCGCUACCGCUAAACAAAGAUCUGAGGACAUCCCUUUAUGGGUUAUGUCAGAACGACCUUUCGCGAAUUUUGACCGACCAAUGAUUGACUG